AUGCUGGUGAUUGUGACGGUAAUAUGGGACGACCGCGUCCUGAAGGUCGACGUUAUCAAAUGUAAAAAUGUCUGGGUCUGGAAGAUUCAUGCUGUUUUUGCAUGACUACACAGACAGAAGGUCUGGCAUGGAAGCUCUAGCAUCACAGGUUUCGAGAAGCUUCCGCAAUGCCGAGCCCGCAUGAGAAAUCCCCCAUUUUGGUGACAGAAAGGGGGCAGCUUUUGCUACCUAUGCAUCAGAGAGUUUUCUGUGUUCGAAAAUGCGCAUCAAAAGUUCGGAUCCUUCCAGACCCAGACACUUUUGCAUUUGAUAGACGUAAACACGAAGCGAAAGCAGUCUCACCUGAAGCAAAUCCUCGUCAAAGAGCAUGGCAUGGACAGAAGCUACAAGCUGCUCUUCAAGGUGUCAUAGCAUUUAAUAUCACUGACACUGUUAUUUUGCAACUGAUCAUAUCUCGCUAGCAAUCACUAGUAGUUAAAAAUCUUCAUUCAGUUUUCAUUGCAAAAACUUAAACUUCUAUAACAGGGCAAGGAGCUAGAAGAGAGACCACUGGACGAGCAGGGUGUCGCAGACAAGUCAGAAAUCACAAUAAUAAAACCCACCGGAUUUCAGACCGCAGGAAAGGAGAAGCCAAAGAAACAAGAACUUGGUUACAUGCCGCAGGUACAGCUUCUCAUAGGGCUGACAAGUCGCAGUAUGCAUAUUGGAAAAUUUUCUCUAAAGGGCGGCAUGAAAAUCAAGUGUGAUCGGGAAGUCAGUGAAAGGCAAAGGUUCUUGUUCUAGUGUGUGAUGCAAGGUGGACACAUCCUCAUCCUUAAUACAUGAUUCAAAAUUCGAUAGGUCUUGGUCGAUCUCCAGCAGCAUUUACUGAUGAAUCCCGAGAUCAUGCAGCAGAUGAUGAAUAGUCCGGCGAUGCAGUCUCUGCUGAACGACGAGAAGUUUCUGGAGUCCAUCAUGAAAAUGAAUCCCGCAGUGCGCAUGAGUCUCGAGACCAACCCCGAUUUCUCCGAGAUGCUGCGAGACUCCGAGUUUCAGGAAACGGCGGCGGAGGCGUUCCGCAACCCAAGUACCAUGCGCGAAGUGCUGCAGAGCACGGAGCUGGCGGUCCAGGAACUGAAGUCCGUACCUGGGGGCAUCGAGAUGAUUACUUCCAUGCAUCAACAACUCAACUUGCCAGAAGAAGAGAGCAAAAAAUCCAGCACCUCGGAAGACGAAGAGGAACGAGCAGCCAGGCUCGAAAGGGAGGCGGCGGAAGGGGUAAUGUGGAAGUGGAUCCUGACCAAUAUUUGCAUUUCUUCAGAUUUUUUCUUUAGUCUCGGCAAAAUUGAACAUUGUCAUAGCUCUUGCAGGAGUGGAGAUGCUGAAGCACGCACACGAAAGAAACACAUGGGUCGUGCAAUAAAUGCCGCAAAAAUAUAUCUACUUACUUACAGCUGCCAGCAUGGCACACCGCAUGCGACGCGAACGCCAUGGCAAGUAUGAUGCAAGACCCGAAUUUGCAGCAGCUAAUGGCGCAGUACAUGGAGACCACAGAGCGAGACAACGAGUGCUUCUCCAACCCGGGCUUCGUCGCCUCGCUGUUCCGACCACAGAAUAUGCAGGCCAUUGCCAGUAUGGAAACCGCCAUGAACGCCAUGGUAAAGAGGGACGAAAUUGUUGCAUUUGAAUUUAGUACAUUAGUCGGAGGUAUUACCACUUAUUGCAUACUUCACUGGAAAAGGAUGUUGCUAGUCAUUUCAACGCUACCGUACGACAACGAAACACACCUAGGUUACCGCUAAGCAGCGGGAGGAGAUGAAAGUUACGCCCGGUUCGCAGUUCAACAAAACGUUUGACACGUUUCUCGAGGCGCAGAAAGAGAACCCGGAAACGAAAUACCGAACCCAGCUCACCAAGAUGCGCCACACGGGGUUCACAAACACGGCGAAGUGUAUUUCGGCGCUCGAGGAAACCGGCGGGCAGGUGCAACCUGCGAUCGAGCUGCUGCUAAAGCAAGGCUAA